GAACCUAGAGAGAAAAAAGAACGCUGUCGCACGGCUGCCGGAAUCCCCAUCUCCGCCUUUGCUGUUUACUUUUCCGGUAAAGAAAAGCACUUGAAAUUCUCGUUUGGCAUUUUCUCCGGUGACUUCGGCCGCGGUUUUGUUGUUUCUUUUGGGUAAAACUUUACUUGUAACCUGAAUCCUCUUAACAUUCAUCUUAUUCCGCCGACUUCGCUUGCUAUUUCUUUCCGUUAGCAAAGUAAAAUUGUUAACGGAACUCAGACAGUAGCGUAUGCUAUUUGUAUAAAGUAAAGUUGAUUUCAUUUUUCCCGGUGUAUCAUCGCUAAAAUGCGGUGAGUUUGUUAGGUUCUAUUAGCAAUUGUGUUGUCUGUUGUGAAGCUCAGGCUCUUGAAAUGAGAAAGGCGCUUGGUAUUUGUAUUUUUUUGCUAUUGGCUCCUGUAAUUAUUGUUCAAUCUUUGAAUCCAACUCUGGAUGAUGAUGUGCUGGGCUUGAUUGUAUUCAAGGCAGACCUUCAAGAUCCAGAUGGGAAAUUGGCUUCUUGGAACGAAGAUGAUGAUAGUCCUUGUAAAUGGAAAGGUAUUAGGUGUAACCCUAGAUCUAACAGGGUGUCUGACCUUGUUCUCGAUGGCUUUGGGCUAUCUGGAAGGAUGGGUCGAGGCCUGAUGCAGUUAAAGUUUCUCAGUAAGUUAUCAUUGGCUAGGAACAAUCUUACUGGAAGCAUAGGAGUCAAUCUAGCCCAACUUGCUAACCUUCGGGUGAUUGACUUGAGUGAAAACGGUUUGUCUGGACCAGUUCCUCCUAAUUUUUUCGAUCAAUGUGGAUCCUUAAGGUCAAUAUCCUUGGCCAAUAACAGAUUUUCAGGCCAAAUUCCAGAUAGUUUGGUUUCGUGUUCAGCUCUUGGUGCCCUCAACUUUUCAUCCAACCAGUUUUCAGGCCUAUUACCCUCAGGUAUCUGGUCCUUGCAUGGACUUAGAUCACUAGAUCUUUCUGAUAAUCUUUUGAAGGGUGAGAUUCCUAAGGACAUUGAAGGUUUGUAUAACCUGAGGGAAAUUAAGUUAAGAAAGAACCAGUUUACUGGUUCGGUUCCAGAUGAAAUUGGAGCUUGUGCGCUGUUGAGAUCAGUUGAUUUUAGCGAAAACUUGUUUUCUGGGCUUCUGCCAAGCACAUUGCAGAAACUUUCUUUGUGUAAUGAUCUAAAUUUUCACAGCAAUCAGUUCACUGGUGAGGUCACUGAAUGGAUAGGGGAAAUGGGAAGCCUUCAGACUGUUGAUCUUUCUAAGAAUAUGUUUUCUGGUGCUGUACCAAAUGCUAUUGGUAAUAUUCAGUCAUUGAAAGUACUGAAUAUUUCGAACAAUGGCUUCUCUGGGAGCUUGCCAGCUUCGCUGAUCAAUUGUAAAAGCAUUCAGAGCUUGGAUGUGAGUCGGAAUUCAUUAACAGGGUCUCUUCCUACCUGGGUGUUCCAAUUGGGGCUACAAAGUGUUCUCUUUUCAGAGAAUAAGCUGACUGGUAGCAUCUAUGGUGCUGUUACUUCUGCCAUUGGAAUCUCACAUGAGAAUCUUCAAUUUCUUGAUAUAUCCCACAAUGCAUUGUCUGGUGAAAUCCCUUCUGAUAUUGGGAGCUUUAGCAGCCUACGGUUAUUGAACAUAUCCAAGAAUUCACUGAUAGGUGAAAUUCCAGAAGCUAUGGGCAAGCUAAAGGCUUUGGAUAGUCUUGAUUUGAGUGAAAACCAGUUGAAUGGAAGCAUUCCUUCACAAAUAGGAGGAGCACGUAAUCUGAAGGAUCUCAUACUAGCACGAAAUUCCCUUUCUGGCAGCAUUCCAAGUUCCAUCGGAACCUGUUCAUCCCUGACUUCAUUGAUAUUAUCAAGAAACAACCUCUCUGGGCAAGUUCCUGUAGCAAUGGCAAAACUCACUGAUCUUCAGUUUGUAGAUUUGUCUUUUAACAAACUCACCGGAACCCUACCUAAGCCAUUAGCAAAUCUUGUCCAUCUUGUUUCCUUCAAUGUUUCACACAAUCAACUACAAGGCGAAUUACCAGCCGGUGCUUUCUUCAACACCAUAUCUCCAUCCUCUGUUUCCGGCAAUCCUACUCUUUGUGGUGCUGCAGUGAAUAAAAGUUGCCCUGCGGUGCUUCCCAAGCCGAUUGUACUGAACCCCAACUCAACUGGAACAGAUCCUGACUCGAUCCCUCCAACUCUUGGACAUAAGAGAAUACUUCUUAGCAUUUCGGCUCUCAUUGCCAUUGGUGCAGCUGCUGUGAUUGUGAUUGGAAUAAUCUUCAUCACCGUUCUCAAUCUUCGAGUCCGUUCUUCCAUGUCCCGGUCGGCAGCAGCUGUUCCAUUAUCCGGUGGUGACUUUAGCAGCUCUCCCACUACAGACACGAAUUCGGGGAAGCUGGUUAUGUUUUCCGGUGAUCCUGACUUCAGCACAGGAGCACAUGCCCUUUUAAACAAGGAUUGUGAGCUUGGGCGUGGUGGGUUUGGAGCAGUUUACCGAACUGUUCUCGGAGAUGGCCGAUCGGUGGCUAUCAAGAAACUCACAGUCUCGAGCCUUGUCAAGUCUCAAGAUGAUUUUGAGAGGGAGGUUAAGAAACUGGGAAAGAUUCAUCACCCAAAUCUUGUAGCUCUUGAAGGGUACUAUUGGACUCCAUCUCUGCAACUCCUGAUCUACGAAUACGUGUCUGGUGGAAAUCUGUACAAGCAUCUUCACGAAGAAGAUGAAGAUGGACGCAGAAGUUCCCUCACGUGGAACGAAAGAUUCAAUAUCAUUCUCGGGAUAGCUAAAAGCUUGGCUCACUUGCACCAGCUUAACGUCAUACACUACAAUCUCAAGUCCAGCAACAUCUUGAUCGACGGUUUGGGUGAGCCAAAAGUUGCGGAUUUCGGGCUAGCAAGACUUCUACCGAUGCUAGACCGUUACGUUUUAAGCAGCAAGAUACAGAGCGCCCUUGGAUAUAUGGCACCAGAGUUUGCUUGCAAAACGGUGAAGAUCACGGAGAAAUGCGAUGUUUAUGGAUUCGGGGUGUUGGUUCUUGAGAUUGUGACUGGGAGGAGGCCGGUGGAGUACAUGGAAGACGAUGUGGUAAUACUUUGCGAUAUGGUUCGUGGCUCCUUGGAAGAAGGAAGGGUGGAUGAAUGCAUCGAUGAAAGGCUUCAGGGGAAGUUUCCGGCGGAGGAAGCAAUUCCGGUGAUGAAAUUGGGGUUAAUCUGCACAUCACAAGUGCCUUCAAACCGGCCUGACAUGGCGGAAGUCAUCAACAUAUUGGGGCUUAUCAAAUGCCCGUCGGAAGGCCAGGAGGAAUCGGGAUAAAUAGCUGCUAUUAUGUAACCUUUAAAUCCAAAAAUGAUGAUGGAUGAUUGGUUUUCCGGCGAAGAGGAAUCCGGUUAGUAUUAUUUUUUACCUUCACGCAGAGAUAAGAUUCUUUUGGUUAUGUUGUUUCCUGAUUAUAUCUCUCUGUUAGCGUUAAGUUACCGGAUUCCUUUUCACCGGAUGCAAAUUCUGGACCAUUUUAGAUCGGAGAUUUAUUGAAACCUAUCCUUCUUCCAUUUGUUAUCACGCUUAUGUUUCUUGUGUAGUUUUUUAGCAGUUUUGUAGACUAAUUGUACCAGAUAUUAUCUGCUUUGUCUAUACUUUUAAAACCAGAAACGAUAAACAAUCCUUUUUACCUCCAAUCGACGGAGGAUCUUAC